CAUUAUCUCCAUUAUUUUCAGUCAGAAAUCCCAUAAAUCUUCUUAUUCAGAAGGGAUUCAUUUAAUUCUCCCCCAUAUGUCCAGCCAUAUGCAAGCUCUGCUGCCAUCUGCUGGGUUCACCUGAGAGCUCAAAGUUAAACAUAUUUGAUUAUUUUCAUUUACAUGUAUUCUGUUCGAUUCGCUCUCAUCCUCAUUCUGAAUUAUAACGUGCGUCUCUACACGAAGACUGACCUUCUCAUCCUGCAUUUCCCAGAAUUCACUUUCACUUUGAUUCAUUCCAAGUAACAUUAAUAGGCAUUGUAGAGUGCACACGCAGGCUGUAUUACAAAGCCUGCUUGUUAUGAAUCCACAUGGGACGAUGUCUCACUAUACCCUUCUUUGAAUACCAGCUCUAAAAUUGGCGUGGGGAGGAAGUGGCAUGUGAGUUUGCUGUCACAGGUGGCGAUUGGCUGUGCAGUGACAGAUGCAGCAUAGCGACAAGUCAAGGUGAAUGGCAUUUAUCACUGGCAGGAUCGUGCCACUGUGACCCACCCAUCUGAUCUGCUUUCACUAUUAGUGAAGCAUGCGUUCCUCAAAAUAUCUCUUGCUGGAUGGUCUAGAUAGUUGCAGGUUUACUCCCGGAGGAUUUGUUGAAAAGGAACAUAAAGGACCGUCUCAGUUUGACCAUUCGGAGCAAACAAGGUGGCAUGAAAGAGGCAGACAUGGAAAGAAGUAUCCAGGACCAUCUUACAAGGCAAAGGGAAGUGAUCAAAUGUAGAUUGAAGAAAUUGACCAGCAAGCAAAAUGAAAUCAAAUCAAAGUCAUCUGCAAUGAGGGAGAGUAUAGUGAAGAAGUAUGAAGAGAUGCGAAAGGUUCUAGAGGAGGAUUGCAGGAUCUCCAUGUCUUUGCUGGAGAUGGAGGAGAUGGCGGUGCUACGAGCACUGGACAAGCUCAUUCAGACAAACCAUGCCAUCCUCUGCGACAUCGAGGUCCAGCUAAAUGAAGCCAUGGCGGACAUUCACUCUCAGCCUGGUGAAAUGGUCACAAUGAAUGAGGAAAGGAUGCUGGAAUUGCUAACAGGGACAGACCCAGGUCUCAUAAAACUUGAUGAGGUGAAAUCAGAUCAGCUACUGGGCCUCACCAACAAUUUACUACUGUUUAUCCGCUCCCAGAUCCCUGUCGCCAAAAGGCUGCUGAAGAGCUAUUCCUCAGAAGUGGUCCUGGACCCUUCCACUGCUCAUCCCAAGUUAAUCGUUUCAUCUAAAGGGGACUGCGCCACUUUCACAGAUGAAUGGCAGGACGUCCCGGAGCACGAGGGACGCUUCGACACCACUCUGAAUGUCUUGAGCAUCCAGUGCUGGAACUCUGGACACCAUUAUUGGGAGAUUGAUGUGAGUGGGAAGAUCUACUGGGAGCUGGGUCUCACUUAUUCAUCUAUCCCAAGAAGAGGCCAAAAGGAGAACUGCUGGUUGGGCCGCCAUGCUGAAUCUUGGUGUCUGGAGUAUUUUGAUGGAGACUACAAUGCAUGGCAUGGAGGUAUAUCUCAUCCCUUGCCAAUCUCUAAGUGUUUUAGUCGGAUAGGGAUUUUCUGCAGCUUUCCUGGAGGUUUGGUGACAUUUUUAGGGGUGGAUAGUAUGACACCGCUAUACUCAUUCUGUGUUGGGACAUUUACAGAUGCUUUAUACUUGGCUCUUUGUCCUGGUCAUGAUCUACAGGGUACAAACUCAAAACCUAUUAAAAUCUGUCAAUUCUAAUCCGAAGUAAGAUGGAUAGUGGACCAAGUAGGCCGCAAGUUCUUUUGUUUGUGAUUGUAAACUUUUAGUUGAGCAAUACAUUUGUUAGUUUUUCAUGCAACACAAAGAGUACUAAGGUAAUUUUUUUAGCAUGCAUACUGUGCAUCAUUGCAGAAUAGAUACACACAUCAUAUCCAAAAUAAUAUAAUAUUUUAAUAUUGUAUUUUUAAAUUGUAUUAUUAAGAUAGCAAAAUUUAAAUGAAUUUACAGCAGUCAUCACAGUCUUUAUUGUCACAUGAUCCUUUAUAAAUUAUUUAAAUCGUGCUUAUUUGAAGCUCAAAAUGCUCAAAUCUAUAAGUAAUUGUGAUGCUUAGUAAACUGUACUGUAGCAACCAUUUUCUGUAUUCUUUCAUGAAUAAAAAGUUUGUGCCA